AACGCGCUUUUCAAAGCAAUUUAAAAUUUCGCCCGCCUGUUUUUUCCGCAUUUUCCCACUCAAACCCCAUAGCCUGAUCCCCUCGGCUCAUUUUAGCAAUUCGCCUCUUCUUUCCGAUCCGUCCAAUUUCUCCUAUUUCCUCCAAAGCACAUUAACCUUCCAUGCCGAAACAACAAACAUCCCGCGCACAUUAGCCCCACCACCACCAAAAAGCUUCUACCAAUGACUCCGGCAAAUCUACCACCGGUAAACUUCUCCAAAACCCAACGCUUAGUCCUCCUCAUAGAUCUCCACCCACUUCUCACCCUCCAAAACCCUACCGCCUACCUCCGCGCCGUCACUUCCGUAGCAGCUCGUCUGCUACAAUUCGCUCCGCUCUCUGCCUCCCUAUCUGCUUACAAGCUCUUCUUCUCCUCCCUCUCUCCCCUCCGCUCCGACGCUGUUCUCCCGCGCCACCUAUCUACCCCAUCACUCUCCUUCAAUCUUCCCGCCCAAACCUUGGCUUCCCUCUCCAUCACUUUCGAUUCUAUUUCUACCAUCAUUGAUUUGCCGAAUUCACCAUGCUCUGCGCGUGCUUCGAAUGCCGUGAGCUCGUUGCUUCAGUUAAUUCACGACUACUCGUGGGAGACUGAGAAGGACAAUCUGUUAGGUGAGGAUGAUUGUAAUGAUGGCGAUUUUGUAAAAGUUCCUUCUAAUUUGGUUAUUUUGCUUUCUGCGAUUGGUCAAUCAGUUAGUUGUUCGGUUGAUUUUUGGGAGUUGCGUGAGUUUGAUGAGGUGUUUUGUGUUGUGAAGGAGGCAUUUGUUAUUAGGGAUAUUCAUCUGUGUUGGAUUGAUGUUAAGAUUGAGGAACUGAAAUUUGAAGGGGUUUAUGAGAAGAAAAAUGAACGUGAGAACAAUCUAGUCAUCUUGAAGGAUGGCAUUAGGAAAAUCGGAUGGGGAUUCUGUUCUAGUGAAUUGAUUGUUUUAGGUUCAGCUUUGUUACCUUUUGGGUUGAUCUAUCCAAAAAUUGGGGUGUCAGUUGGCUUUAUGGAUUUCGGGGGCUUGAAUAAGAAAACUUAUAGUGGAGAAUUGAGCCUUGAGAUAUUGGAUGUGAAUGGGAUGCCAUUAGAAUGCAAGUGCUGCGAUCUUGAGUUUGUAAACUUGAAGAGUUUGCCUUGUAGUAAUAGAACUGAUGAUAUUCUGAAUGCCGCUGAAUCUAGAGAUUCACAGAGUUUUCACGGUCAAGAUGCAUUUUGGAUUCGUCUAGCUAAAGAAAAUAUGAAAGUACAUGUCAAGAGUGUUCAUAGAUACGACGACUGUGAGAGGAUUGGAGGCUCGUCCGAGAUUGUUCUAGUGCGGGAGUGCUUCCUGGAGCAGAGGAAAAACAAAAAGAACAGUGGUGUUGACUUUUUUGCGGACAGGGUUCUGGAAAUGCUGCAUGGAGAAAUGGGUGGAGUCACUUCUAGAAGUCAGCCACCCACCUGGCAAAUGUUUCUAAGUUUUCUUCAUACAAAGGGGUACUGGGCCUUGGUGUCCCUCUCGAGUAGCAACAGAGAUAUAUUUAUGGGUAUUCUGAAGCCUUUCACAACUCAUUUGGCUCUCAUCUGCAUCUUGGAUGCUGAUCAUGUGUCAAGUAGAGGUAAAAGUGGAUCUAAAUUGCCCAAGAUAGAGAAUAAAACUCGUGAUACUUGUGAUGAGGACAUGAGCAACUCAAACAGGUGUUUGGGUUCCCAAACUGAUACCUCAACCUCUGAUAAUUGUGAACCACGUGGAGAUGGGAAAAGGAAAAAAAGCUUAAGGCGUCUGUAUCAGGAGAUGACAUGGAAUUCCUUUUACAAGGCAGCCUUUGAAGGAUCUGAUAUUGACUUGUUUGAGCUUUACAUUGCCAGACAUUCUGAAAAAUCUAAGAAGCUAAAAUUCCUUAAAUGCUGGAUGAAACAAAUUACGAAACUUGAUCCAUAUUGCUUAACAACAUUGCCGGGAUCCAAGUCGAUAGAGGAACUAUCUGCUUGUAAUGCAUUCUUGUCUGAGCCAUCUCCAGCAAAGGAGGGAGCUAGUCCUGUUUUAAAACCAGAGACUUCAGAAACCUUUUUCAACAGUCUCUCCAAGAGGAUCCAACAUAGUUUGGAAUCAGGAAUGGACUUGAAGAAUCUGGCAGAGCGAGUUGUCAAAUCAUCCAUUCAUUGGUUGCAUCAUAAUUGUGAUGAAAAUAGUUCUGAAGGUCAACAACCAAUGAGAAAUUUAGAUGAUUCUUCUAAGGAAGCUGUUGGUAGCAAAUUAAUUGAACUUCUACUAAAGGCACCCAAAGAAAUGAAGAAGAUGCACCAGGAUUCUGAUCAGUGUUCAUCAUCAGAAAAUAUAGUCAGAGAAUACGAGUUACAGAUUUUACUUCGGAUAGAGAUUCUGCGAUCAGCUGCUUCAGAAAUGAUGGGGGAAUCUAGAAAACAGAAGCUGCUGAAGCAGAUAUGUUCCCUUUUAGAGAUCAUUCAGUACCUUGUGGCAGGAGGAAUUCAUGGUCAUAUUAGCCUAUACGAUUAUGUUGAACGAACUAUCAGAGCAAGGUAUGCAGAUGAGCUUGAAGAUUUUGUGAAAAAGAUAUACACAGAAAUGGAUUUGCUGCCAUUUGGUGAUGUUGAUGAUGAGACUCCAAGUCUCCUGUUUAACAGUGAGGAUAGCAAUCAAUCAUGGAAGGAUAAGUAUGAUAGAAAUGAGAAGACUGAAGCCAACAGCAUUCACCUAUCAUUCUCAACUGAAGGAAACUCCUCUCAGCCUCUUGCCAAUCAUUGCGAAAGUCCACAAGAUAUAGGAAAAGAUGAGCACACCCGAAUCCUAAAUGAAGCUCGUGAGAGGAGGGAGAGGGCCAGAAGAUUUGCCCCAUUCAUAAGCAAGGCCCGAGAUUUGCAAAGAGUUUGGGCCCCAAAGCAACCCAAGGCACUGAAAGGUAAGCUUGAUUCUCUCCCAAACAAAUCAAAAGGGAAGGAUAGGCAAACACCUACUUAUAGUGUGGUAUGCGAGACCCCAAUGACGGGAAAUAAACGUGCUUGCUCAGGCGAUAAAGCACGUAAGGAUCUUGUGAGCUCUUCAUACUCUGUUUCCAAGGCUUUGUUUCAGGACGACUGAUAAGUGAUGAGAGACACAUUGAUGGGCAUAAUUGAUGGUGUUUGCUACUGGAUCUUCUUAAAGAAAAUAACAGUGUAGUUAAACAAAUUUAGAAAGAAGUUGGUGAAAAGGCAUUUGGUUUGAAAACUUUCUAUGUACAUCUUAUCUACCUUGUCUGAACACGACGUAUUCAAAUUCUUAACUUAGAGAAAGUUGUUGUAUGACUCAUUCUUUAUUUUAGUGCUUUUCUUUUCAGUUCUUGUAGUAAGACAUGUAUUUAUUGAGCAUUCUUCUCAUGUUCAAGUAUGAAAUAAAUGUAGCAGCUUUGCUGAAUGAGUCAAUCCACGUUCUUAAUUGCACCUUUCAUGUCUAGUUUUCUCUUCACCAAAACAAAAAGUCUACGCUUAUUGCUU